CUCUUCUGCCUUGUCUUUCAUACACUUUCAUAAAUACAAAUACAAAUUAUGGCAGCAUUAUAUACUUGUUCACUUGUCUCAUUUGUGCUUUUCUUCACACUAUUCUCUGUUUCACAGUUGGGAGCAUUUGCAGCACAAUACAAUGUGGUCACUUUUGGAGCAAGACCAGAUGGCAACACUGACUCAACCAAGGCCUUGAUGGCUGCAUGGGCUCAGGCCUGUGGCUCCACAACCCCAGCCACCAUCUAUGUCCCCAAAGGAAGGUUCUUCCUUGGAUAUGUGGAGUUGAAGGGUCCUUGCAAGAAUUCUGCCAUUGUUGUUCAGAUUGAUGGUACACUCGUGGCACCUUCUGACUUAAAUUCUGAAAACUGGGUUAUCUUCAGGGAUGCUAGUGGUGUCACCAUCUCCGGCGGCACACUCGACGGCCAAGGCACCUCCUUGUGGGCCUGCAAGGCUUCCGGCAUGAGCUGCCACCAAGGCGCUACGUCACUGGAGUUCACAAAUUCAAACAACAUAGUGAUUGAGAGAUUGACAUCCUUAAACAGCAAAAAGUUUCACAUUGUCAUUAAUAGCUGCCAAAAUGUGAAAUUACAAGCAGUGAAGGUGUCUGCCUCAGGGAAUAGCCCCAACACCGACGGCAUUCAUGUUCAGGGAUCCGUCGGCAUCACAAUCUCGAACGCCAGGAUUGCAACCGGCGAUGAUUGCGUCUCCAUUGGCCCUGGCACAACUAACCUUUGGAUCGAAAACGUCGCUUGCGGACCCGGCCAUGGCAUCAGCAUUGGAAGUUUGGGGAAGGAGCUUGAAGAGGCAGGGGUACAUAAUGUGACAGUAACAGAAGCUCAAUUCAGUGGAACGGAGAAUGGAGUGAGAAUCAAGACUUGGGGAAGACCCAGCAAUGGUUUUGCCAGCAAGAUUUUAUUCCAACAUUGUACCAUGACCAAUGUCCAAAACCCAAUUGUCAUUGAUCAAAAUUACUGCCCCGAUGACAAAGGUUGUCCCGGACAGGCGUCCGGAGUUAAAAUAAGCGAUGUUACGUACCAAGACAUCCAUGGAUCAUCAGCAACUGAGAUUGCUGUGAAGCUGGAUUGUAGCAAGAAGAACCCAUGCAGUGGUAUUACAAUGGAGGAAGUGAAGCUUACUUACAAGAACCAACCAGCUCAAGCCUCUUGUGUUAAUGCAGCUGGUGGAACUGUUUCUGGUCUUGUUCAGACUGCUUGUAGGGGAGAUUGAUUAAUAAUAUAUAUCAAGAAUAUUAGGAAGCUAUAGAAGAAGAACCGCCAUUUGAGUACCGAAUUGAAGACUGUACUCAUUUAUGCGAGUACUAGUACUAUUAGGACCUUAAUGCUUGAGCCCUGUGGUGAUAUGGGCCGCAUUCUGGGCUAUAUUUCUGGUUUUCUUUUAAUAUUGAAUUAGAAAAGAA